AUGAAUCUAAGUAAAAGAAAACCCUCUCUCUCACUCUCUCUCUAUCAAACUCCUGGAGUUCGGGAGAGGAAAGCGGACGAGAGUAUGAGAGGUUUUUGCAACGAAGAACUCAAUUUCGCCUCCUCACAAGAUGUUAGGUUCUCCAAGCACGUUCACGACAAUGUCCAUGGCAACAUCUACCUUGAUCCGCUCUCUUUGAAGUUCAUUGACACUGAACAAUUCCAAAGGCUGCGUGAUCUUAAACAACUAGGCUUGGCACACAUGGUUUAUCCAGGAGCGGUGCAUUCUAGAUUUGAACAUUCUCUUGGUGUGUACUGGCUCGCUGGUGAAGCUGUUCACAAACUUAAGACCCACCAAGGGGAGCUUGGUAUUGAUGACUUUGAUGUGCAAACAGUGAAACUUGCAGGUCUUUUGCAUGAUAUUGGCCAUGGGCCAUUUAGCCACUUAUUUGAACAUGAAUUUCUUCCGAAGGUUCUCAAUGGAUCAAAAUGGUCUCAUGAGCAAAUGUCUGUGGACAUGGUGGAACAUAUUGUCGAGCAGCAUUAUAUUGAAAUAGACUCUGAGAUGGUGAAAAGAGUUAAGGAAAUGAUACUUGCAAGUUCCAAGUUUGCAAUGGACAAAAGUGCAACGGAAAAGUAUUUUCUGUAUGAUAUUGUGGCGAAUGGUCGAAAUGGAAUUGAUGUCGACAAGUUUGAUUACAUUGUUCGUGAUUCCCGAGCAUGUGGUCUUGGUUGCAAUUUCCAGUUUCAGAGGUUGAUGGAAUCAAUGAGAGUCAUGGGAGACGAGAUAUGCUACCGGGCCAAAGAUUAUUUGAACAUCCACAACCUAUUUUCCUCUCGAGCAGAUCUGUUCAGGACAGUUUAUACUCAUGCGAAGGUGAAGGCAAUAGACCUAAUGGUUGCAGAUGCCUUAGUGGGUGCAAAUGAUAAUCUAAAAAUAUCAUCACGUAUACAGGAUCCUUCACAAUAUUGGGAGUUAGACGACACUAUAAUCAAAACUAUUCAGACAUCUCCAGACGAAGAACUAAAGGAAUCUCGAGAUCUGAUACUUCGCAUUUUCCGGAGAGAUUUAUAUCAGUUUUGUAACGAGUAUAUUGUUCCCAAGGAAAAACUGGAAAAUUUUAAGAAUGUCACUGCACAAGAUAUUAUUUGUUCACAGAAAAGCGGCGGAGUGACCCUUAGAGAAGAGGAUGUUGUUGUGAGCAAUGUCAGGAUAGACUUUACUCGUGGGAGGAAUAAUCCACUUGAAAGCAUCAAGUUCUUCAAGGAUUAUGAGAGCGAAGAGAAAUUCUCUAUACCUGAUAGUGGCGUCAGCCAUAUGCUUCCAACAUAUUACCAAGACAUGAUUGUGCGGGUGUACUCUAAAAAUCCUGAACUGGUUGGACAGAUUUCUGAGGCUUUUGAGAAUUUUCAACUGAAUACUUACGGGAUCAAAGUGCAAGUACAUGACACACCAAAGAAGAAACGGCAAAUUUGA